AUGUUGAUCAAGUCAACAGCACCGAAAAAUAUUCAAGAAAAAUUAUUCGAGGUGUUGCACAAUAUUAAACAAUUGGCAAUAAAUAAUGAAAAAACAAUUACGGAGUUGUUCAGUCAAGUUGCUGAUCUUCGUUCAGCUGUAAAAAGUUUACAAGAACGUCAACAUAGACGGAAUACUAUACUACAUGCAUUUGAAGUCUCGUUUCUGUAUCAUUAUCAUAUUAUUUUACAAAUUAUUCGACGUCAUUAUCCAAAGAUUCCAUGGUUAGAAAUUGUUAAUGUUGUUAAACAAACUUCACCUAGUUCAUUAGAAUCAGCUCAUCGUCCAUCAUCACCAAAGAUUGUGGCAAAGCGACACGAAUUUCAAUCAUUUUGUUCAAUUGAUCUGGACAAACUCCUUUGUCUUGAUGAAGGACAUAAGAGUAAACAUAGUCAUGGAACAUCUGAAAAAAAAGAAGGUAAUUUCUUCCAUGAACAUUCUCAACCAUCAACUAAAACUAGUUGGAAUGACAAUGUAACAAUCUCUUCACAUUCAAGCAAUCAAAGUCUUGAUAAGAGUAAAUUAACUUCUUACUAUCUUUUCUAUUAUUAUCGUUUUGUUCCUUUCUUUUUGGCUGAACAACAAACAGAAGGACCAUCAAUUGAUCCAAAUGCAUUUAAUAAUGAUGGCUCAGUGAAAACAUUCGAUCCAAAAAAAAAACAAUCUGUCAACGUCGACCACCAGCAACGAAAAGGAACGGUUUUGGUGCAUAAAAAAGUAACAGCUUAUUUCAAAGAAAUCGAACGUAAUAUUCAAGAACAAGAAAAAUUUCGUGAACACCAAGUUCAUCUUGAACUUAAAAAUCGCGAAGAAGCAAAAAGACAACAUGAAAAAGACAUGACAAAUCUUAAAUUUGCUUAUCAAUAUAUAAAUAAAACACGUGAAUUAGAAGAAGCUAAAUUAAAACAAUCAAAUCCAAAGAAAGCUGAACAAAUGGAACAUUUUGGCAUGGGAUUUCCUAAUCGAAGUGGCGUAAGUCAUAGUGCUAUGACUGAUAUGCAAACAAUUCAACAAGAAGGUGUAACAACAACAAGAACUGUUUCACUUGCACCACGAAAUCGAGAUUUUUUUGAUGAUUAUGAACCAGCUGGUUUUAGUAGUCGAUCGAAAGUGUAUUUCUAA